AUGGAUAGCUGUGGGAGCGUUGUGUUGAAGAUGGUGGGCGCUGAAGUCAAUACCAAAGACUGGCAUUUCGUCAUCGUCAUUACAGUGUCGUUCCUGACGCUGUUCUUCAACGCAAGUUUAACUUACGCCUCGGGUGUGCUCCAUGUGGCGUUACUGGAGACGUACCACGCUGACGUUGAUGUGACAGUCUGGCUCGGGUCUCUAUUCUUUAGCAUGUCAACUCUUGCAGGUCCACUUGCAAGUUUCAUCAUCAACGUAACAGACUGUCGCACCUGCGUCGUGAUAUCUGGAGUCCUAGGCCUUGUGGGUUUCUCUGCUAAUGCAUUUGUAGGCGAUAUCAAGUGGCUAUUCGUUACAUAUGCCCUUCUUGCAGGAGUAGGAACCAGCCUGGCUCACACGGGUGCUAUAGUUGUCCUCGGAUACCAUUUUUCAGACAAUAUGAGCCUGGCUUGCGGCAUCGUCGUGUGUGGGGUGGCCGUUGGUUUGUUUGCCCAUCCACCGUUAUGCCAGUUCCUCAUAGAUACAUAUGGGCUGCACCAAGCAUUCCUCAUCGUGGGAGCAAUAGCGUUCCAUUCAUGUGUCUGUGGGAUGCUCAUGAAACCGACCAGAUUCGAGAGGGAACGUCGCGCCAAGGUAUUCAGUGGAAGACCAACACGUCUGACGCUGGUCAUGACGUUGUGUGGAGUUUGUUCUGGUUAUGCCAAAGUUUUCAGGAACAAAUCGUUUCUGUUCUUUCUUAUGUGUAGUUGUACAUUCGGCAUGGGCUCAUCAGCUAUGUAUUUGUACCUCCCAGACUUUCUACGGAAACAAGGGAUAUCUCUUCAAGCAGCAUCUUUCAGCGUUGCAACUUCGGGUGUAGGCGGCGUAGUCUCGCGUGUUCUCACGGGAUUUGCAGCACAAGAUCCAAACAUUGGCAGUGGACUAAUAUUUGCUUCCCUGAACGGCCUCAUGGGGGUGUUAUCAUUCCUCAUCCCCUUAUUCACAUCAACCUCAGCAACAGUGUGUGUGUACGGCUUCUUCCUUGGACUCUACAACGGUAGCAGCUGGGCACUGUUUAAUCCCAUCACAUAUGAAAUUCUUGGAAUGGAUCUCGUGGCAACGGGUUUUGGAGCUGUAAUGGGUUCUUGUGGCUUCGGAUUUCUCAUUGGUCCGCCUUUAGCAGGAUAUGUCUUCCAAAUAGCCAAGGUCUAUUAUGGCGUCUACAUAUUCGCAGGUGUGAUGUUCUUCUCUUGCGCUCUCUGUGGCCUGCUGUCCACAACCUUCAGGCAUUCAAGAAGGACUUGUCACGACACUGCGGAUGCGCUGAGCCCAAAUGAAGUUGAAAUCAUCAACCAACAAGAAUGUGAACCAUAG